UAACCUUUGACCUUCCGAUCCAGUCAACAUCUGGUCAACAUCGCUUCAUACCCUGUGACAAGUUUGUUUUUAUAAUACGCUUUUAUAUAACUCUAAGGCAUCGAAGAUUGCAAUAAUACUAAGAAUUUUAUAAAGAUAUGGACCAUUUGGAAUCAGACUUGCCUCCUGAUGAGUCUCGCUUGAUUGAUGAUAACCCAACUCCUGUUAUCCAGACAUCUAAAAAUAAGCGAGAUGUGAUCGCAUUUUUUUUUCUUGGUUUGUGUAAUAAUUUCUGUUAUGGUAUUAUGUUGUCUGCUGCUUUUGACAUACUCUCUGAGAAGCCUCUUCCAUCAACUGUUUCUCCAACUUCUCCACCCACCACAUGGGCGUCAACCAUAUCAUCAAGCAACCUCACUACAUCUGGAUCACUCAACUACAAGGAUUGUAAUAAAGUUUCUACGGGUGCAAUACUCCUAGCUGAUGUGUUUCCAUCAUUGAUUGCUCAGUCUACCGCUCCCCUCUAUUUUGAAUAUGUUUCCUACAAUCCGAUGGUUGUUUUAAGUAUUGGCUUAGCUGCAGCCAGUCUACUAAUUGUUUCAUUUUCCAAGAUGUUACCAAUCAGUCUCCUCGGUGUUGUGUGUGCAAGUGCUGGUAGUGGUCUUGGGGAAUUUUUCUUCUUGAGCCUCAGCUCAUAUUUUGACAAGAGUGUCAUGAUUGGAUACUCAUCUGGGACAGGGGCGUCUGGAGUAUUGUUCUCGCUAUCGUAUGUUUUACUCACUUCUGUGUUAGGUUUUUCGCCUCGUGAAUCCAUCUUGAUUGUCUUAGUUGUUCCGGCCAUUCAUUUUAUUGUAUACUUUUUCCUGCUCACAAAGAGACCAAGCAAGAAAUCCAGUCAAUCCAAAAAGAGAUUAAAUGAUUCCUCUGCAGACAAGAGUGUCAACCAAACACAGUCACAUCUACCAGGCGUUGAACAGAAUAAAACUUUAGGAGACAAUACAGUUUCACCACAAUCCGUUCUUCCAGAAUAUGGAAGGAAUGGGUCUUUGUUAGACAACAGUGUCAUUUCAUCACAAUCAAAUCUUUUAGAUGAUGGACUGAAUGAACCUGAGGUAGAUUUCAGUAUAAAUUCUCCACAGUCCAAACAGCCAGAAUGUGGAUCUAGUGAACCUGUUGUUGAGAAGAUCACAAAGUCUUGUCGACUUACUUCAAAAGAAAAACGGCGAGCUGUUAAGCCAUUGUUAUUCAAAUACAUGAUACCACUGGCAACUGUAUAUCUGGCUGAGUAUUUGGUUAAUCAGGGCUUGUUUGAGCUUUUAUAUUUUCCUGCUUUAUCUUGGUUAAACCAUGAUGACCAAUACCGAUGGUAUCAGUUGGUGUACCAGGUUGGUGUGUUUAUAUCAAGGUCAUCAAUUGCUCUGUUUUCUAUCAAGCAACUGUGGCUGUUCCCUGUCUUGCAAUGUUCGGUUUUUGGGUUCCUGUUGACUGUAGCAAUGUAUCACUAUGUGCCGUCAAUUUGGAUAGUGUUUGCCACAAUAGCAAUUGAAGGUCUUAUUGCUGGAUUAUCUUUUGCAAACACAUUCUACCAGAUUCUAAUUGAGGUUAAAGAAGAAUAUAGAGAAUUUGCGAUGGGUUUGUCUUCUAUAUCAAUUACAUUUGGAACUACAUUUUCUGGUUUGAUAUCAAUACCAUUACAUAAUGCACUUUGUAAAUCUUAACAUGAUUGAUUUUAAAAUACAAUUGUUGUAAUGGAUUUGUUUAAAAAUGCAAUGUGUGUAUAUUCAGUCGUUAUUAAUUUUGAUGUAACAAAUUUUAAUAUGGGUAUAUUUGUUGAGAUAAUUGAAUUAGAUGACUUCAACAAAUAGUUGUAAAGGGAUAGGAAUAUGAAGCAUUUGCAAUAUUUUUUACUUCUAUAGUAAUUAUUUUGUGGAAAUACCUACUUUCUUGGUUUCAUCUCAUUUAUUUAUUCUGAAAAUUUAUUAAAAUUUAAAUUUGUGAAUUAUAUCAUCAUUCCUAACUUUUUAAUUUUGUUAUGAAUUUAUCUAAUUUAUCAAAGCUUAAAGAAUGUGGUCAUUUACAUUCUGUUUUAAAGUUGAACUUUUGGUCACGAUAUGAUAUGUUAUGGGCAUUACUUAGAAUCCAAAAAUUACAGUUUUAAACACAGUUUUAAACAUUUUAAUAUUGAAUGUAACUAAUGGAGUGAAUUAUGUUUUAAUGGGUAGUUUUCUGUCCAUUUAAAUACAAAUUUUAAACAACUCUAGCAUUGAAUUACAUAGCAAAAUUUUAAUGUAGAAUACAACUAAUAGAGUGAAUUAUUUUCUUGAUAUGUUUUGUUUUCUGUUCAUUGGAAUAAAGAUUAUACAACAAAAUUUACAUUCUGUUUUAAAGAUGUGCUUUUGGUCAAGAUAUGAUUUGUUAUGGGCAUUACUUAGAAUCCAAAAAUUACAGUUUUAAACACAGUUUUAAACAUUUUAAUAUUGAAUGUAGCUAAUGGAGUGAAUUAUGUUUCAAUGGGUAGUUUUCUGUCCAUUUAAAUACAAAUUUUAAACAACUCUAGUAUUGAAUUGCAUAACAAAAUUUUAAUGUAGAAUACAACUAAUAGAGUGAAUUAUUUUCUUGAUGUGUUUUGUUUUCUGUUCAUUGAAAUAAAGAUUAUGCAACAUUUGUAUGCAAUAUUUGAUAUUGUACUAAAUAUUUGUAUUUACUUAUGAAUGUUAUAAAUGUUGAAUAUAGCUAGGGAAUUAAUUAUUGUAUAUAUUGAUGUGUUGUGCUAAACAUUUCUAAAGAAAUUGUUUUAAGAAAUUUAUAUUAUUUAUAUAUAACUAUUUUUUAAUAUAUAAAAGAAUAUGUUUUUAUAAAAAUUACUAACAAAUUUACAAAUGUUUAUUGGUGUUUUUGAGAGUUAAUAAUGGAUUAAUAAGCCUAAUAAUAAUACUAAUCUAGAAUUGAUUUUGUUGUUAAUACUCUCAACAGGGGCGGAUCCAGAGAUGUCCGAAAGGGGGGGCCGAAAUUUGGGCCGAUCGAGACAACACUGAAAUAGGAGGUCCGGGGAAUGCCCCCGCGAAAUUUCUGUGUUUUAGACUACAUUUUUUCAUAUAUACUGUAUUAAUGUAUCUGUUUUAUUAUGCCACAUUGUAUUUAUUUAAUGUUCUGCAAUACCCAUCUUGGAUUGUGCAUGUAAUUAUGAUGAGUGACCUUGAGGUCACUGUAUUGCUACUCAUUGAGGGCUUCAUACUUUGGAUUCACUGGUAUGCGAACAUUUAUUUUUUUUAAAGGCAAGUAAAAGUAAAUUUAGAAAAUCGCUUAUGUUGCAAAGCUUGUUAAAAUAAAGACACUGGUAUUGAGA